AUGUGGCUGGAGGUGGGGGGCUUACUGCGGGGGACCUGUGGACAGCUGGGCCGGACUGUUGUUUUGCCUUGUGGGGCUCUAGGGCCUGGGCCCCACUGGUGGGGGUCAUGUGGGGGUUCUUGGGCCCAAAAAUUGCAUCAGGAUGGGCCUGGAAGAGGCCUGGGUGAGGAGGACAUUCACAGAGCACGGGAGGCCCGGCUCAGGAAGACACCCCGGCUUCAGCUGAGUGACCGCUCUCGAGAACGCAAGGUGCCCGCCUCUCGCAUCAGCCGCUUGGCCAACUUUGGGGGACUGGCUGUGGGUCUGGGGCUGGGAGCACUAGCCGAGGUGGCCAAGAAGUCCCUGCCAGGAGGACAUCUACCGUCAGAGGGUGGAUCCCGGUUGGGCUCUAGCCCUUUCCUGUCAGAAGCCAAUGCCGAGAGGAUUGUUCAGACCUUGUGUACGGUUCGGGGGGCCGCCCUCAAGGUUGGCCAAAUGCUGAGCAUACAGGACAACAGCUUCAUCAGCCCCCAGCUGCAGCGCAUUUUCGAGCGGGUUCGCCAGAGCGCCGACUUCAUGCCCCGCUGGCAGAUGCUGAGAGUUCUCGAAGAGGAGCUGGGCAGGGACUGGCAGGCCAAGGUGUCCUCCUUGGAGGAGGUGCCCUUUGCUGCUGCCUCAAUCGGGCAGGUGCACCAGGGCAUGCUGAGGAAUGGGAUGGAGGUAGCCGUGAAGAUCCAGGUGAAAGUGGGGCCAAGCAGGGUGGGGGUGGGCACCCUGAUGUCCCAGAGGAGUGACCCCACACUUCCCCACCUCCCCUCACAGUAUCCGGGUGUUGCACAGAGCAUCCAGAGUGACGUCCAGAACCUGCUGGCAGUGCUCAAGAUGAGUGUGGCCCUGCCAGAUGGACUGUUUGCCGAGCAGAGCCUGCAGGCCUUGCAACAGGAGCUGGCUUGGGAGUGUGAUUACCUUCGAGAGGCAGCUUGUGCUCAAAACUUCAGGCAGCUGCUGGCAGAUGAUCCCUUCUUCCGGGUGCCAGCCGUGGUUAAGGAGCUGUGUACGACACGGGUCCUGGGUAUGGAGCUGGCUGGAGGGGUCCCCCUUGACCAGUGCCAGGGCCUAAGCCAGGACAUCCGGAACCAGAUUUGCUUCCAGCUCCUGAGGCUGUGUCUGCGGGAGCUGUUUGAGUUCCGAUUCAUGCAGACAGACCCCAACUGGGCCAACUUCCUGUAUGACGUCUCCAGCCACCAGGUGACUCUGCUGGACUUUGGUGCAAGCCGGGAAUUUGGGACAGAGUUCACAGACCAUUACAUCGAGGUGGUGAAGGCUGCAUCUGAUAGAGACAGAGACCGGGUCCUGGAGAAAUCCCGAGACCUCAAAUUCCUCACAGGCUUUGAAACCAAGGCAUUCUCUGAUGCCCACGUGGAGGCAGUGAUGAUCCUGGGUGAGCCAUUUGCCACCCAGGGCCUCUAUGACUUUGGGGCAGGGGAUACUGCCCACCGUAUACAGGGCCUCAUCCCGGUGCUGCUGCAGCACCGGCUGCGCCCACCACCCGAGGAGACCUAUGCCCUGCACCGCAAGCUGGCAGGGGCUUUCCUGGCCUGCACCCGCCUCCGCGCCCACAUCGCCUGCCGGGACCUCUUCCAGGAUACCUACCACCAUUACUGGGCCAGUCGCCAGGCGCAGCCACUGCCAGAAGCCUCCUGACCAGAGGGGACCUCCAGGCAGACCCCUCGUGACAGCCUCCAUCUGGGGAUUCCUGCCCUAGUACAGACCAUUUUCUGCUAUGGCACCUCCUCUCCCUUCCCCCUCUGCUCCAGGUCUGGGGAGCCCCCUUAGGCUUCUCAGUCUUGCCCAGCUCCCCUCCUUGGCUCAGGAGCUCAGGAACUCUGGGGCUGGGGAAUGCCAACUUCACACCCUGUAUCCCACUCCUCCCCACUCCAAAGUGGGCAUCCAGGAACUCUGAGCUAGGGAGUCAGUUAACUUAUUUCUGCCAACAUUUGUGGGAGCCCUCCGCCUCACUGCAUGCCCUCAUGGAGAUCCAGACUCAUCCCGAGGGGGAGCCCUUCACUUCUGCCUCAGGUCUCCGGUGAAAGGGGAGAGGUGAUAGUUGGUGGAGGCAGCCUUCACCUUUGCCUCCCUCACUUCUCCACCAGCUGCCUUCUCCUGGGUUCCAGCCUCUGUGUGUGUUGGAAGGGUGGGGGUGUCCAACCUUCAGUCCGAAUAAAAGUGGUCCUCCCCUUC